AUGAUAGACAUGCUGCGCGUACGGGACGCAUGUUUAUGCGGGCUGCUCUUCUGGGCACACGCGACAGCGGCCCCGCCUAACGCGGCAGGUGCUGCAGAAAACAGCCGCGAUGCGGGUUCUGGAUCCAUAGACGCGGAUAGUCGACGAAAGCUUGCGGGCAGGUUCCUCCAUAUUACAGACUUUCAUCCUGACCCAUUCUACAAGACAUAUUCCAGCACAGAAUCCGACGCAGCGUGCCAUCGCAGACAUGGACCCGCUGGCCUUUACGGCGCAGAAACCACCGGCUGCGACUCCCCCUUCGCGCUCGUCAACCAGACGUUCAAAUGGAUAGAAGACAACUUAAAAGACGAUAUAGACUUCAUAAUAUGGACCGGCGACUCGGCGCGACACGACAAUGACGAGGACAUACCACGGACGCAGAAGCAGGUCAUCGAGCAGAACGAGUACAUGGUCUCCAAAUUCGCUGAAGUUUUUGGACUGAGCGGCCAGGGCCAUGGCCCCAACAGCUUCGAGAUACCCAUAGUACCGACUUGGGGAAACAACGAUAUCAUGCCACACAAUAUUUUCACACCCGGCCCAAACAGAUGGACCAUCAAGUAUCUCGACAUAUGGCGGGGCUUCAUACCUGAGGCGCAAAGACAUCAGUUCCAGCAAGGAGGAUGGUUUUCAGUCGAGGUGAUUCCAGGAAAGCUGGCUGUUAUCAGCUUGAACACCAUAUACUUCUUCACCUCCAACUCGGCUGUUGACGGCUGCGCAAAGAAACACGAACCCGGGUACGAACACAUGGAAUGGCUGCGCAUUCAGCUUCAAAUCCUGCGAGAUCGCGGCAUGAAGGCUAUACUCAUCGGCCAUGUACCACCCGCUCGAGUCGACAGCAAAGAAAGUUGGGACGAGACAUGCUGGCAAAAGUACGCACUCUUCGGGCGACAGUUCCGGGACGUCAUCGUAGGAAGCCUCUAUGGGCACAUGAAUAUCGAUCACUUCAUGCUACAGGAUUUCGAACAUAUCGAAAAGGAUACAGAAAAUGGAAAAAUGGGAGCAAUCAAAAGCAGGCCUUCGCUAGCCAACGAUAUCAAUCUUCUUGAAGACGGAGAAGUAACAGUGGCGUCUGCGUCCGACUACUUACUUAAUCUAAGAGAAGCUUGGGCUCAGCUACCUGCGCCCCCAGCGAAGUCGAACAAGAAGUCGCGGUCGAAGAAUGUCGAUGAAGGGGAGGACGGAGAUUCGGUAUGGGCAUGGCUCGUAUCCAUGUUUGGGAAAUCCUCGAAAGAUCGGAAGGAAGAGAGGAAGAAGUAUCUGGAGAAGAUUGGUGGAAGAUACGCUGAACGCUAUGCGGUAACACACGUCGCACCCAGCGUAGUACCGAACUACUUCCCCACCCUUCGCAUCAUCGAGUACAAUAUCACUGGCCUGGAACACCUCAACGUAGCCUCUAGCCCCAUCAGUCUACCAAUGAUCGAUACACCCGUUGAGCAACUGCCGAUCACCGCCACCGAUUUCGACGACGACGAAGAUUACUUACGAGACGUUGAGACUGCGCGAAAGAGGAAGCACAAAGGCAGGAAAGACAAGAAGAAGCAACGAAAGUACAAAUUCAAGGUUCCAGACGGUCCCUCGAAAUCUGCCCCGCCUGGUCCAGCAUACUCGCCGCAGACUCUAACAUGGACGCGACAUGUUCAAUAUUUUGCAAACCUCACGCACAUCAACAACGACUUUCUCGAGCCUCCGCCGGAGAUUGCCGAAACUGCCGCCUCCAAGAGUUCGAUAAAUGAAGACUCCGCAAGUACCAUUUUCGGUUUUGCGGUCAGCCCGGAUGGCAAGCUGGAGAACAAGAAGUGGAACGAAGGCAAGCACAAAAAACACCAGGGCAAGCAACCUCGGCCAGAGCCACAUCCCAACGAGUUUGUAUUCGAGAUUGAGUACGACACGAAAAAGGACAGGGGGUUCGCCGAUCUCACAGUAAGGCGGUGGGUGGAGUAUGCCAGGAAGAUUGGAUCAUCUGCAUCGAAAAGUGCUCAAGUUGAAGAAGAGGAAGUAGCAGACAUGGUCGGAGAUGAAGAUUUUGAGACGGAUGAAGACGAAGACGACGAGCUCAAUGCGACGAAGGGAAAGAAGCACAAGCAUAAGAAGGGGAAGAAAGGAAAGCAUCAUAAGAAACACAAGGCGUCAAGGGAAUGGUUCACUUUCGUUAAGCGAGCAUUCGUGGGCACCAUGGAUCCUCACGAAAUCAAGCAAUUGUUCAACGCGGGAUUGUCAUCAUCAGAAGCAUCGGAAGAGGCGCAGGAGAUUAUGGAGUUGUAG